CUUUUCUCCUGCCAUCCAGUAAGAAUGAAAGCAGCUGGUGUAUUGCUGGUUAUAAUUUGAAUGUGAAAAGAUAUUUCUACGCUUUUUACGCACCAGAGAACGCCGUUUGAAACACAUAUCCAAGGACGAUUCAUUGGAGACCACCGCUUUUGACCUGUUCGGUGGACAUCGCACCGUUCGAAGCUGACAAUUUUAUUUAUCUCGCCCUUUCGACGUUUAUAAAUGUAGAAAGCUUCUAAACAUGCCCUUCGUGAAAAGGCUUGCGGUUCAUUCGGGCAUAAUUCUUGCAGUCUGGUGUGCUUUUCUACAACAGACCGUUCGCGGAGCCGACUCGAAAUGCAAUCUAAGAACAGAGUGUAAACCGGGGAUUGUUUUGCCUGUAUGGGGAGGCGAACCUUCUACCGGCGAGACUGUUGGGAGAGCAUUCGUGUACCUCCUUGCCUUACUAUUUAUGUUCCUUGGUGUUUCAAUAAUUUCAGAUCGCUUUAUGUCUGCGAUAGAAAUAAUCACAUCGAAAGAAAAAGAAAUAAAAAUAACGGACAAGCAAACAGGAAAGGAGAGAGUGCUGACUGUGAAACUGUGGAACGAAACAGUCUCGAAUUUAACUCUCAUGGCACUUGGAUCAUCCGCACCCGAAAUUUUACUCUCGGCAAUUGAAAUCUGCGGAAAUAAUUUUAAUGCUGGCGAGCUUGGUCCUUCCACUAUCGUAGGGUCUGCGGCGUUCAACUUGCUGAUUAUCAUUGCAGUCUGUGUUUAUGUUAUUCCGGAUGGCGAAGUUCGACGAAUCAAGCAUCUGCGCGUAUUUGCUAUCACAGCUUCCACGUCGGUCUUGGCUUACGUUUGGUUGUAUGUAAUUUUGGCGCUCUCCUCAAAGGAUGAAGUGGAGAUAUGGGAAGCUAUUCUAACCUUUGCCUUCUUCCCUGUCAUGGUUAUCUGUGCCUACAUUGCAGACCGUAGGCUUCUCUUCUACAGAGCCCUACGAAAGAGACAGAGGAGGCAAAAGCGCGGGGGAAUGACCGUCGUGCAGACAGGCGAUUUCGAUAUUAUCGGAGUUCAGGUGAAAGACGGAUUUGUCGAUGGAAAUGUUGGCGAUGGUCGUUAUGCCGACACCGAAGCUGGUCAAGAUUUCGAUGAUGACGAAUUGCUACACGAUCUUACGGAAGACAGGCGCGAAAAGGCUAUCCAAGCACUGAAAGAAAUACGACAAAAGUACCCAGAUGCUGACCGUGAGACCGUCGAACGUCUGUUGGAGCAAGAAAACCUCAAACUUCAACCUAAGAGUCGAGCGUUUUACCGAAUUGAGGCCACUCGUAAGAUGGUUGGUAGUGGAAACGUAUUGAAGAUGAAGCAUGACAAGCUGGAAAAAGCCAGCAGUUCCUUGGCAGAUGCAAGACUUGAGAUGCACGAAGUCGAGUACGAAGACCCUCAGGUCGUCAGAGUUUAUUUUGACCCCGUGCACUACAUUGUCAAAGAAAACUGUGGCAGUGUAUUCAUGAACAUUUCACGCAUUGGUGGCGAUCCCACUAACACAGUUUUUGUAGACUUCAGGACGGAAGAUGGCACCGCAGAGGCUGGUCAAGAUUAUGAAAAAACCGAGGGCACAAUUUGUUUCAGGCCAGGAGAAACCACCAAGACUUUCUCCGUCGUUGUAAUCGACGAUGACAUCUUUGAAGAAGAUGAACACUUCUAUGUUCACCUGGGAAAUGUUCGAGUGGCUGGUGCUGAUGGUGAUCUGGUGCGAAACAAGUACCGAGGUCCGGCGGGAAAAGUUGGCAAAGACGGUGUUGCUACAAUCACAAUCCUGGACGAUGACUACCCCGGUAUAUUCACAUUUGAGGAGGAGAAACACUCGGUAACCGAAGCAGAUGGAACAAUUAAAUUGAAGGUGAUUCGCCACACGGGAGCUCGAGGCACCGUUCGGGUUCCCUACCACACAGUGGAAGGAACUGCCAAAGGCGGUGGCGAUGAUUACGAGGAUGCUGUUGGUGAAUUGGAGUUUGGGAACGACGAAACAUGGUAAGAUUCUGUGUUGUUUUCUUUUUAGAAUUUAAAUUGAUAGAGUUAAAAAGUGUGCUGAUUUCUGUUAAAGGAUUUUUUAAAAAAAUGAUAAUCAACAUAUAUGCCAUAUUUACAUACUGCAGAUCUUGUUAUAAGGCUGUAUUUUUGGAUCUAUUAAUAUUGUUUCUUUUAAGAUCGAAAACGUACUAUUGUCAAAACAAAUCACUCGACUGUUUCUAGAAGCUUUCCGUACACAACAUACUUAUAUAUAUCGAAAUUCAUCCGAGUACAAACCAAUACAGGUGGUUUAUUUACAGGGUUAAAAGGAGACUCUUUUGUUUUAAUCUGCCACGUAGAUCGGUAAAUUCACCGAAAAUUUAACUUGUGAUGACGACGAUAACUUUACAUUGUUAACAUCUGUCUACAACUUGCAGAUGCUACGGUUAUAAAAUGCAAACAAUAAAGCGAUAAUGAUGCGACGUCGUAUGCUUUAGCUUUCAUAAAUUUGAAAUUGAUUUAAAACAGCAAACUUUUAAUUUUACUUUACGCUAUUUAGCAACAUUGCCUUGAUUACGAAGGUUAUCAUUUAGACCUGACAGGUUCUGAUAGUUGAUAAUAAUGUGGCCCCAGCAUGAUGUAUUGAGGUAGUAUGAAUUUAUGUCGUGAUAUUUACUCCCAAGACUUUCGUUUUACCCUUGUCACGUCAGAAACAUUUUGUUUACAACAAAGGGGAAAAUAUCCACAAAAGCAGAUUACUAUUUCCUUGUUAGCUUUUAAUUUUUAGAAUCCUCAGGUGCAUUAGAGGUGAAAGGUUUGCGGUUAUAUUUACCUCUUCGAGCAAUCCAAAAGCAGAGAAGCAAUUCAUAUUCUUGGCAACAAAAUUUUUUUUUAACGAAACAAAACCGCCACGAUCGAUGUUGGCACGUAUUCUUUUCUGGUAACAAAAGAGCAAUUUAUGAAACAAUAUCUGGAGAGCAUGACGGUUACUUCAUGGAUGGGAAAUUCAAGAGAUUUGGUUUUGAUGCUGCAACUAGGCAAGGCUUGUGCAUAGUCCUAACAAAAUUUAUCAGGAUUGGCCUUUACGUCUAAAAUAUCGUGACCAGAAUUUUAUAUCGCGUGUGAAAAGAACGCAGGCUGAUCAAGGUGGCAUUUGUUGUAAACAUGUGCAGAUGAGCACUGCAAGGUGUCAUGACCCUGUUGAUGCCACCAAGUAUGGGUGGGGAGGGGGGCUUUAAAAGGACUCCCUUUUUAUCAAACGAAGGCCGAUGUUUUAAUAUUGAAAUAGCAUAGUGGAGAGGAUUUUGCAUACAAAACAUGUUUGUUGUACGUCUGAAACUUUUGACCUUUCAAGUGGAUGCACACUGUACUGAUCUUCCCUGUUCAUCAAGUGCACUAAAUGAAAUUGAUUUGUAUCUGAGAUUGUUAUGACACUUUUAUUUAAUAAUUCGAUACUUGUUUACUCUGGGUUUUGAUUCAAAUAUUGUAACAUAGGCUUAAGUUUCAUAAUAUAGGACAGUUAAAAUAUAGAUAUGCCUCUAUGACUUUGACAAGUGUUCGGUUGAAUAUUUCUUGGCGCAGAAUAUCAACAAGACUUUAUGUUUUCAAAUGUAACCAUUCAGCAUGAAAUGGGAUUGGUUAUAGCCAACGGUUGUUUAUUUACAAGCCUGUCAUUCUUAAUUGGUUGAGAUCAAGUCAUUCCUGGAUGGAAUUAUGUUUAUGAUAAACAGCAUUAAGAAGGCAAAUGCCGAUUCAAAUAUUUGUGUGCCCAUGCUUGAAUUAUUUAGAUAAUUUCAAUUUUUUAUAAAUUAUGUAAUUCUCACAUAUAAUAGUCGAGUACGCAGAUACAUGUUCAGGAGAUCUGAAUAUUUUUUACUCCAUGCAAGUUUGCAUAAAUAAUUAACAAGUGGUAUAAGAUAAGUUUUGUGGCAUUGUACAUUGUAUAAUGAGUUCAGAGAUUCAACAAUCGUUGUGUGUAAGAUGAAGUCAGGCCUGAUAAGAAAAUCUCUGCUAAAAAGUUAUUUUUACUCAUGAAUCUCUGUCUUAUUUAUUGGACCACAACUUUCAGUUAAAUCUUGACAGAACAGUUUCAAAGUUUUUAUUUGUAAUAAAUCAUUAUGCAAAUCAUCACUUGGGAAGAUACAUAUAUAUAAGAUAGAAUAUCACACUGGGUUGGUCGAGAGUUGAAUGAGAAAAAAAUUCAAAUGGAAAGUGGUCAUUUAGCAAUAGCUCAAAUUGAAGUUGAUCUUAGUUGUUCUCCUUGAGCAAACAUGUUGUUGAUUGUGGUUUUGAAAUAUAAAUAUUUAAAUAAAACAUAAAUGAUAAACACAUUUAUGUGUAUAAAACCUAUUUUCCAACCAAGACUAUAUUGAUUUUAUUGAAAUGUAUCUUAGUUUUUUGUCAAACAUUACAUAAGGUACAUAAAAGAACAUUUAUACAAAGAAUUGUUUCAAGUGUGUUCUUUCAAAGGAUUUCCCUGUAAGCUAAAGUCACAGAUUAAUACGUUAGCCAGUGGUGACUUGAAUAAGAUAUUAGUGAAAUUACUGCUUGCCACCUGUUUGGCCUUUAUUGAAACUCAAAUAUGGUAAAAUCACUAAACAUUUUAUUUAGCAUGUAUAGCAAACAUGUUGACUAUGAAAGUUAAAGACAACAAUCAGCCAACCAAGAGGAGGUCAAUGAAAAUAAUUUUUCUUUUAAUUUGUUGACUACCCUGGGUUAUGCAAAAUCACCUUUUUAUCUUUUUAUCUGUGGAAAACUUAAGUUUGGAAAGUUGAAAGCUGGCAUUUUUAUGAUUCUCAAUUUUAGCCCACAAAUGUUUGAAAAUGUUUCUCUAAACGACUUUUUUUUAACAUUUUUAUGUUGUUUUAGCUGAAAUAUUACAUCAAACCUUUCCUCAUGGAAAUCUCUAUAACAUCAACACCUUUCUAAUGAAAGACAGUCAUUUGGUCCCAAAGAUACUAAAAGCCAUCUAAUCCCUACCCAGUGUUCUCCCCAGGUAUUUAAGGCUAGGUGGGCUGCCUGGCUUAAGUCACUGGAAAAUCAUUGCCACCUGGCUUAAAACCAAAUUUUUAUCCUCUUGGAUGCUUAUGUUGACAUGUAGAACUAGGUACUUCAGGGAUAAAAUCACUCAAUAACGUUGAUGAAACAUUGUCCGUGGUGUUUUUACUUGUGUGUUUUCUCGUAAUUAACUGAUUAUAAAAGUGAUUUACCAUUGCAUGUAUAUGUUUAAACCUGUGAUGCACUUGUUUCACUGAAUGGCAGCCAUCUUGAAAUUGACCGACAUUUAUAAGGGCCCUUCAGGGAGCUUACACGGAGUAGUGACUGAAAUUCCAGCGCUCACAUUUUAAGCAGUAUCACAACUCACAAUGGAAAACUCAGACAGUCGACCCAAGAUAGGUGGAACAAAAAAGGAAAGCUUGUCAAAGCGAAUUGAUUUUUUUUACUGUACAAGCACUAUCAAAAAUCUGAGUCCGAAGACCCCUUGGCCUUCCCCAAAAUCCUAGGGAGAACACUGCUACCUGUAAAACAGACCCCUCUCUCCCUUUGGUGCCCAGGUUUUAAAAAGGCACUUUAUUUGAUUGUCAGUGUAUUUAACACAAAAGUGCUGAAUUGGGGGCACUAAUUUUACACCUAUUUUUUGUGGUCACCUGAGCCACCUAAAGGUCUAGCCAUUUGUAGAGCAGAGGAAGAACCUUCAGUUAUCAGUUUUUUUAAGACCUAGAGUACUGGUCCAGCCCCAGGAAUCAAACCCACAACCUCCCGCCCUACAGUCAAGUGCUCUACCAACUGAGCUAAUCCUGCCACUGAAUAAAGAGGUUCAAUUGCAUUUUAAAUAAAAUUACAUGAGUGUUUUUCAUAUUUUGUAUGCAGUAGUGGCAUCACCUUGCUUUCUUACUUUAGGAAAAACAUUGAGGUCAAUGUCAUAGAUGAUGAAGAAUAUGAAAAGAACGAAACAUUUUAUGUCGUCCUUGGGGAACCAAAGGUUGUGAAAAAUGAUGAGGAUGAUGAUAGUGGAGCUGGUACUGAAGAGAUUUAUGACGCUGAGAAGCAACGCCUUGAAGAACUGGGAAAGCCUAGACUAGGUGCUAAAUUACACAAAGCCUUUCUUGUGUCUCUUAGUCGUCUCACAACUUUUUUGCGUUAAUAUUUAUUAGGGAGUUGAAGCAGCAACAACAACAACUAAAACAUCACUUGAAAAUUACAUUCGUGCUCUUUCAAACGUUAUCACACUUAUUCCAUCUCAUUCAGUUCAUCAAAAAUGUUGGCAAAUGUUCUGGGCUUGAAUUCUAAAAGACUAUCAGAGUUCGGGAAAGGAAAAAGAAAGUCGUUGUUCUGAGUUCAUGUUCUCUACACAAUCAAUGUGAAAUUAGGCACUUUGAUGUCAUGAUCAUAGUCGAUGUAUUAAAAAAAGUGUGAUACACCUGCACAGUUGUUGUUUUGCUUAUCUAAUCCUAUUGCUUGUUUGCUGCUCUCGUUGCCAUCAUCGUUGCUUAAGCUCCCUAAUGUCAUGUUUGUUAUUUUAAGUCCUGCAUUGUCCUGUAUAUUUUUUUCACAAAGCGAAUUAAAUAAAUUUGAUUUUAAGUAAGUUAUUGAACACAAAACGACCCUUGCGUACCAAGAGCCAUCUCCAGUUACACUGCAUAAUAAGGUAGCCACUCAACAAGAUCUUGAUGUUGGAGUAAAAUUCUGUUUGUCAUCACUUCUCAGGUGAAACCAAAAAGGCUGAGGUGACCAUUAUAGAAAGCAAAGAGUUCAAGAACACAGUUGACAAGUUGCUUGUCAAAGCCAAUUUAGCACUGGUUGUGGGUACUUCUUCUUGGAAGGAGCAGUUUACUGAUGCUCUGACAGUAAGUGGCAGUGGUGAUGAUGACAGUGAAGAACCAAGCACGCCAACCUUUGGUGACUACAUGAUGCACUACAUGACUGUCUUUUGGAAGCUUCUGUUUGCAAUCGUCCCUCCCACUGACAUAUGGGGUGGAUGGGCAUGCUUUGUUGUAUCCAUCAUCUUUAUUGGCAUUUUGACAAUGGUGAUAGGGGAUAUUGCAUCCCACUUUGGCUGUACUAUUGGCUUAGCAGAUAGUGUUGUUGCCAUUACUUUUGUGGCGCUUGGAACAAGUCUCCCAGGUAAUGGCAGUCUGUGUGGAACAUAAUUACAUGCUCUACCUACUAUUACUCACUAGUGCAUCCAAAUCAAGAUCACAACCAUGAAGUACUAGUUUUUUCAGCCAUCAAAGAUUUCUUUAUUUUCGAAUAACUUUGCAAGAAACUUAUGCUUUUCGUUAAUAAACUGGCUAACCUUCAUGCAAUCAGGUGCAGUCGGUUUAGACCCAAAAGGGAUAAUGGUUAAGGAAAACAGAGUUGAUGUUAACAGUUAAUUGAAAGAACUAUCCGUAUAAGAAACGUUUGCACCAUUUACAAUUACUGUUUGCCCUACAAAUGUCAUAUCAAUAUUGUAUGACCUCUACAAUUUAGGCCCUAGCUCUUAUUUGCUUUAGUGUCAAGAAAAAAGAAUUUUCAACUGCCUUUAACAUCCAAAUUAAACUUUCUUAAUUAACUGGGGUAAGCUGAAAAAAGCACUGCCUGAUCAAGCUGCAGCAUACAGCACAAUGAAUGAUUGACACACACAAGGUUAAAUAUAUCCUAUGUUGUAGCCUUGUCAUUAAGGAGACCACCUCUACUGUUGUUAAUGGCCUUUUUUUCUUUGAUCUACAGAUACAUUUGCAAGCAAAGUAGCUGCUGUUGGUGAUGAGUAUGCUGAUUCAUCUAUUGGCAAUGUCACUGGAAGCAAUUCUGUGAAUGUCUUCCUAGGACUGGGUGUUGCUUGGUCAAUAGCAGCAAUAGCCAAAAAAGCCCAGGGCGAGAAGUUUGUAGUUGAGGCAGGGUCCCUUGGUUUCUCUGUAGUAGUUUUCUGUUGUACAGCCGUCGUUGCUAUAGCAUUAAUGAUGCUACGGAGAAAUAAAAAGGUUGGAGGAGAACUUGGUGGUACGAAGGCCUUCAAACUCCCCACAUCACUUUUCAUGACCUUCCUUUGGGUACUGUACAUCGUACUAUCCUCUUUACAAACAUAUUGCCACAUUGAUGUAUCCUUUUAGGCUCUCAAAGGUAACUAAUGCUCUGUCUAGGCUGACAAUAUCUUUGAUACAAAAGCUUGCUUGUGUAUCUUUGUAUUUUCAACAAACCGUUUUGAAGGUAGUGUUUCAAAAAAAUUAAUAUUUCUGAACUGCAAACACCCAUUUGUAAUGCUCUUUUCAGAUUUAUUGUAAUAGUUAGUUUUAUUAUUUUGAAAAGUUAGAAGAAAUCAUAUUUUAGAUUCAGAAACAGAGAUAUUCCCAAGUCAGUGAGUUGCAUGUAAAGCUAUAACAGUCACCUUCAGGAUACCAAAGACACCAAAUCAGUUAGAUGUUAGUACAGUCGAACCUCUCUUCAACCGCCCCCUUGGGGACAGAAGAAAGUGGCCGUUGUGGAGAGGUGGCCGUUUUGGGGAGGUAGGGGUGUUAUAUGGCAAAUUUCUUUCAGGGAGUACAACAUGUUUAUUGUGCUAAGUUCGUGCUUACUGUAUCCCAUAAUGUUAAUCCAAUCAUAAUUAAUGUACAGUGAGAUAAAAUACACAAAAAUACUUGAAUAAUGUUUUGAAUCAAAACGUUAACGUGACAAAACAAACAAGUAUCAUGGACAAUUUAUGCUUACUGUGGUAGUAUCACUGAAACACAAUCAAAAUACGAUGCCGCAAUUAAUCAUCAAUGCACCUUACUGAUCAAAUUUCGUGAACAUUCCUGACUUUUUUAUCAGUCGCUGAAAAAACUGGCCGUUGCCAUUGUAGAGAGGUGGCCGUUGUUGGUGGUUCGACUGUAACUGGUUAAUGAAAGUAGUCCUUUUCUGGACUUUUAGAUACCAUUACCAUUAAAUCAAGUCUCUGUGAUCCCUGUCAACCAUGUACAGGUUGUGCAUUCAUGCCAAAUGAUAGCAUGUAUGCCUUGAAACCAGAAGAGAUUUUAAACAUCCAACAAUGCCAAGGACUUAAUGAAAGCUUUAUUGAAACCCAAAUUGCUUAGAGACAAUCAGCUUUAUCUCAAAUGUCACUGUGCUCCUGUAAUUUUCUAAUUAAAAUACUGAAUUGCCAACAUGCAGUGAAAAUUGUACGUGUAGCCAAAGUUUUUGAACUGGCAUUUCAACACUCCGCAAUGGGAUUUUCACCAUGUACUGGUGGUGAAACGUUUUCCAAAAAAAUCUUUCAUUUAUAUGCAAGUGCUGAAUUAUUGCUUCCCAGUCGCUAGAAAUUUAGAAUGUUUCUGUUGUCUUAGCUGUAACAGCUGUUUGUCAAUUAUUGCAAGUUGUUGGCAGGCCCAUGCUCUUAAUUUUUGCUAGUCAGAGGUUUCUUCCUGGCGUGGUUUUUAGCAUUUAGGAAGUUGUUCAUAUCGCUGACAUUCACGUGGAGUUACCAUGUGAAUGUCAGCAAUGCAAACAACUUGAGGUUAAUAAAUGCUAUAGACAAUGCUGGAAAGAAACCUCUGCUUGUAGAUAGGGUAGUUUAAUAUUUAUUACUGGCUAGUAACACUUAAAAGUUGUUUUUUACUUAUUAUGGUUAGAGGGCACGGAUACAUAACCAACUGCUCUUUAUAGUAAUGAGUAGCAUACCACAAAUGAGCAUACAAAUAGGUUCAAAUUUACUUUUACAAAUAAAUUGUUCUCAUGUUAUUAUGAUUCUUUAUUAUCAUUAUUGUUAUGAGGGCAUUGUGGAAAAGAAAUGUGGGUGAUGAUUUUUCCUGGAAAUCAAUACUACUCCUGACACUUAUUACUGGCACGUUGACAAGGUACCAGUACUAGCAACAAAUCAUAACAAAAUAUCUUUUCAUCCCUUACACUUUGCUAAAAUUGUUGUACUUGUAGGUUAAAACUCAAUGAGUGUGUCAGCCAAUUGAGUAAACUUCUUUUAAACUUCAGCUGAGAAACAGCAAAUUUUGCCAGAAAUUACACAUCUUGUUGUUUUGUCUUUGAAUCAUAUGAAAGUGUAAAGUUAAGUUGGGACAGUCCAAGUGGAACGUGCAUUUUCUUUCAGCCACGAAAAAUUUCUAACACUGGCCAGCAGAGGAGCUGAUUAAGUAAAUUAGCAAUUGACCACUUGAUUUGGGUCAGUUUUAAGGAACUAGGAGUACACAAAUUCAUGGCAUUUAUAGCAUUUUGUUUUAAUGCAGCAUACAAGACAAAUUUGAGCGGACUGAUCUCGAAUGAUCUGGUUUUCCAGGGAAAAUCCCCACUUUCGCCUCUUUUCUACUGUACCCUUCAAUAUUAUUGAUCUCCUAUUGUGGCAACCACCAGAAAAGCAAAGCAUGAAACAAAGAAAUUCUUUUAUCAACAUGCUGUAGUAAGGUCUUAAAAUGCUUAGUUUGCUGGACAUUAUGAAUCUUACAGUAUUGGGCAAUAUUGACCAUAUUUUUACAUGUAAGGAAAGUGGUUAAUUACCUUGUUACAUGAAUUUUUUGCAACACUUGUACUUCGCAAAGUCAAGUUGAUGAGGUAACAAAACAAUCUUUUAUUGCCAGCAAUAAUGGGAAAAUAAUAUUAUUGUCUUUCCUCUAUUUAUGUUAUUUCUAUGUAAUUUAUUAUUUGUUAAGCUGCUAUUGCAGGGAAAGAAAUAUUUUUGCAGCCUAAGCUUUCAUUGUUUGAAACAAGAAAUAUUGAAUAGGGCUGGCCCUAAUAUAUUGAGCAGAGAAGGUGUUUUUUUUUUAAUUAGAGACGUUUUUCAAACCAGUUUUGAACAUUUUUAAUGGAGGAUCUACUUGCACUUACCAAAUUGUCCAGUUUUGUUUUGAUACUAGAAAACCAACAAACUUUAUAAACUUUAAAAGAAUUAACAGCCUUUAAACUAACAAGGCUAAUGUGCUACAAUGCAAAGUAGAGGUGAAUAAUUUUGUUUUGUAUGAACUGUGUGAAACAUUCUUUGCCACAAAACUGAAAGAAAAGAAAGUGCUCGGUGUUUCCAUCCCCAAAAAGAAAUAGAAAUUAUCCUUUAUUAUUAUU